UGGAGGCCAUGAUGGGAGCCUGAGAGUUCAGCUGGAGCUAGAGGAGCGAGAAAAGAAGAUGAUUUCCCGGGACGGAACUGUCAAAUCAGCCUGUACACAUUUCUGAACUUUGUAUAGUCUCUAUACAUCGAAGGUGGAGCCUGUCACUUUUUUUCAGAUGUGUUCCUGGCAAUCAGUCGAUGACAAUGUUAAAUCGUUAGGGGGCAUUUGGAUCGAAAAAGGAGGUAGCAUUAGCUAUUGUUGCUAGCUAGCUGUGCUAGCUAGCUAGUUAGCUAGCGAGCUAGCUACGUCUUAGUGACUGGAUACGGGUUUAGAGAACCGGUGAGUUCUCUGUCUUCUUGCUGUCAAUCGCGGCAGCUGCCAUUGAGCCUUCAGCUUGGACAUUUCACAGCAUUCUGAAGUAUUUUCCUCUAAGGACACCUGCAUGUAUUUUAUCCGGGGGUGUUUGCAAAACGAAUUGCAGGAUUGGGAAAGUCGGGCCUCCGCGGAGGAGCAGAGCAAGGCCCGUCUUUAUGAUCCAGAGGAAGCCUUUCUAAUCCUACCGACAGCCACCGCUACUGCUGGCUAGCACUUCUCUGUCAGGACCUGGAAAAUUCAGCCGUGAGCCACCGAGAGCAGACCCAGUGACUGCGACAUAAUCGGCCAAACCGCCAAUACUAGAUUACCCCAUAUAGACUCCUGUCACCUGCUACAAUGUCGUCGAUUAUAAAAGAAAUGGUCAGUCGGAACAAAAGGAGAUACCAAGAGGAUGGUUUCGACCUGGACUUAACAUAUAUUUACCCAAAUAUCAUUGCAAUGGGCUUUCCAGCAGAGAGACUUGAAGGCGUGUACAGAAACAAUAUAGAUGAUGUAGUACGGUUUUUGGAUUCAAAGCAUAAAAACCACUACAAAAUCUACAACCUCUGUGCAGAAAGACACUACGAUACUGCCAAAUUUAACUGCAGAGUUGCACAGUACCCCUUCGAAGACCAUAACCCUCCUCAGCUGGAGCUUAUUAAGCCGUUUUGUGAAGACCUGGACCAGUGGCUCAGUGAGGAUGACAAUCACGUGGCGGCCAUCCACUGUAAGGCCGGGAAGGGCCGCACCGGAGUCAUGAUCUGCGCGUAUCUCCUCCAUCGUGGAAAAUUUCAGGAGGCCCAAGAAGCACUUGACUUUUAUGGGGAGGUCAGGACAAGGGACAAGAAGGGAGUAACGAUCCCGAGCCAGCGUCGCUACGUCUACUACUACAGCUACCUACUGAAGCACCAGCUGGAGUACAAGCCGGUGGCAUUGCUCUUCCACAAAAUGGUGUUCGAGACUCUCCCUAUGUUCAGCGGGGGCACCUGCAGGGACAGUACCAUUAAAAACAGGAGCGAGCCGACCCCUCAGGGCUUCAAGAAAGGGAAUUGGCAUUGGGAUCCCCAGUUUGUGGUGUACCAGCUGAAAGUGAAGAUUCACACAUCGAACCCCGCUCACACACGGCGCGAGGACAAGCAUAUGUUUUUUGAAUUUCCCCAGCCGCUCCCAGUCUGCGGAGACAUCAAAGUGGAGUUCUUCCAUAAACAGAAUAAGAUGUUGAAGAAGGACAAAAUGUUUCAUUUUUGGGUGAACACUUUCUUCAUCCCUGGACCAGAGGAGGGUGGGGACAAGAUGGAGAACGGGGCAGUUAACAGUUUAGAGAGCCAGCAGGGGCCACCAGGGCAGGGUCUUCCGGGACAGGGACCUGGACCAGGCCGACCGGGACUGGGUCAACUGCAAAGUGCCGAGUGCAAGGACAACUGCAGAGAAAACUACAGGGAGGAGAAGAAGGAAAGCAGCAAAGAAAGCGACAGGGACAAGGACUAUCUCAUCCUGACACUUAAUAAGAACGACUUGGACAAGGCCAACAAAGACAAAGCUAACCGCUACUUCUCACCAAACUUCAAAGUGAAGUUGUACUUUACGAAAACCGUGGAGGAGCCGAACUCCGAGGCUAGUACUUCAACAUCAGUCACCCCCGACGUUAGCGACAAUGAGCCAGACCAUUAUCGAUACUCUGACACCACUGACUCAGAUCCGGAAAAUGAACCUUUUGAUGAAGAGCAGCACACACAAAUCACAAAAGUGUGAACUCUUUUUAAACAAGAAAAAGGAAGAAAUUAUACAGCAGAAAAAAAGGAGAAAACUUGAAUAUAAACUCAAAAGAAGAACCUUUGUCCCUUCCCUCCCCCAGACGGCAAUAGAAUAUCAUCAUGUCAAAUGCCAAUUUUAGGGGGAAAAAAGAUGAAAUAUCCUGACCAAUAUAUUGUUUUGUUUUGUUUUUUUCUCUCUCUGGCACGACCAUGAACCAUGUGCGAGGUAUUGACACUGUUGCCCCAUGGGAAAAGGUGCUGUAGCUAUAAAACUGUGUUUAUAUAUAUAUACAUACAUAUAUGUAUAUACAUAUAUACAUGCAUAUAUAACAAACUUUUUCGUGUCAAAGACAAUGGAAAGAGUACCACAAUCAGGAGAUGGGAGUUGAAGUGUGGGAGAAGCUAGAAUGAUAUACGAGGACUAUGCUGCUCUUCUCCUGUUUAAACCAAGGCCAGUGCUGCAGUCACUUUGUUUCACUCCCUCUCUUCUCCUCUCAUCUUUUACUCUCCCCCACCCUCCAUCCUCUCCUCCUUCCUAUAUUCCUUUACUGUGAAUGCUUCUUGUGCUCUUUGCAGGCUGUCUCACGUGACUUUUGGCCUUUGUGCAGUGCAAACUGCAUGCGGGCAGUGGGUUGGGGGUGGGCGGGGGUUAUAAAGAGGCUGUGAUGAUGUCUAAAGCAUUGCCAUUCCUGUUCCCACUGUGUAUAUGUUAAAUUAUGCAGAACAAGGCAUCCCAUGUAAUUGUUAAUGUUUUUUUUAUCCUAAGAUAAUAAAAAUAUAAUACACAAAACAGCAGGGAGACAAGUGUUUGCAAUAAUGUUGACACUACAUUUCAAGGACAAUGGUGAAUUUGCAUGUAUUAGAAUUGGCGUCCAUCCCUAAUAAAUGU